AUGCUCUACAACCGCAUCGCAAUAUAUGGCCACCGCGGCUGGGCCAGUUCAGCUAUCGCGCAAGCCCUCCUCACCUCUGGCGCCCCAGCAAAACUCCUCUACAGACCAGGCUCAAAUGCAAACGGGUUAAAGGGGAGAUUUGACGAGAUCAAAGUAGACGUCCAAGACCAGGAUGCUCUUCGUGCAGCGCUGGAGGAUGUUGAUAUUUUGAUAUCACUCGUUGGAAGAGAAGAUAUCCGCCUCCAACACGCUUUUAUCCAGGCCAUCCCGCACACGGACGUACAGCUCUUUGUUCCUUCGGAUCUGGCAUUCCGCUGCGAUGAGCAGGGUCUGCGGAUCUCCGUUAAUAAGGAGAAAGAUGGUGUGGAGCGUGCGGCGAGGGAAGCGGGUGUUGCGACUUGUGUGAUUUUGCCGGGUGUUUUUGCGGAGUCUGGGUUAAAUACUGGAUUGCUGGGCGUGGACGUCGUGGGCAACAGGAUUGCAUUCACAGGGGACUCGAGGAAUCAGGUGUUGAAUAUUUGUACCCGACCCUACGUCGCAACAGCCUACGCCACCAUAUUCCCAACCACCCCAAUCCGCAUCCUCCACAAUCGCACAAUCGGCCUCUCCGAGUUCCGCAGCACAGGCACCGAAAUCGCCACCGCCCUGCAGAAAAAGCACGGUGUCGCGCCCCAGAUUUUCCAGCAUAGUCUGGCUGAGGUUGACAGCCAGAUUGAUGAGUGUGUGCGAUUGGGAAAGCCGUUGGGGUUGGGGUGGUAUUGUCGACGGCGGUGGGGGGCAGGUGACUGUGUUGAUGCGUUGGGGGGUGACGUUUGGGAUGGAGAUAGGGAGGUGGAGAAGAGGAGUUUGGAGGAUUUGAUUGUGAGGGGGAAGUUGGGGCUGUAUAGGGAGUUGCCGCGGGAGAUUUUGGAGUUGUUGGAUAAGACCUUUUAUUGA